AUGAAGUUCACGCUCUUGUCUACCCUCGUGGUAGGACUCGCAGCUACCUCCUCAGCCAGUCUGUUUGGAGGCGCUAGAGACCUUGCUUACAACAAGUACCAUGAGAAUGAGCUUGAGCGAUGGUUGAGGGACCACAAUGUCCCCGUUCCAACCCCAGCAGAUCGCAAAAACCUAUUGAACAGCGUAAAGGAAAAUUGGGACAACAACGUCGUACGCCCAUACAACAGCUGGUCGGUCGAUCAGUCCCAACAGUACCUCAAGUCAAAGGGUAUCGAGGUAAAGAAGGGCACCGAGAAGAACAAGGAUGCUCUUCUAGCUCAAAUCAAGUCAUCCUGGCAAGAGUCUGAGGCUCAGGCCUCAACUGCCUACGCUGAUGUAAAGUCAUGGAUCUUUGAUACCUGGACUGAGUCUCAACUCAAGGCAUUUGCCGACAAGCAUGGCAUACCCGUGCCGCAACCUCGCACUCGUGACUCUCUUUUGAAGGUUGUUCGUGAGAACUCGCAAGCCGCUGCCGAGAAGAUUGGUGAGACAAUGUCCUACCCUGGUGACUGGAUCUACGACAGCUGGUCCACCUCUGAUCUUAAGGCUUGGUUCGAUGCCCGUGGUUACCCAGUUCCCCAGCCCUCUGGCCGCGACAAGCUCAUCGCUUCGCUUCGCAAGAACUCUCGACAAGCUUCUCUGAGCGCUCAAUCAGCAGCUGCCUCUGCUUCUGCCUCUGCCGCCUCUGCCACCGAGAGCCUCUCUGAAGCACUCCUCAAUUCCUGGAGCGACAGUGACCUAAAGGCCUGGUUCGACAAGAAUGGCAUCAAAGUUCCCCAAGGUUCCAGGCGCAACGAUCUUGUUGCUCUCGCACGAAAGCACAGUGCUAAGCUCACUGGUGAUCAAGCCACUCAAAAGGCUUCAAGCGCUUUCCACGCCGCCACCACGUCUGCUGGCAAUGAGUAUGCUCAGGCUACCAACAACGCUUACGACUACGGCAACUUCGCCUACUCUAACCUCUGGAGCUACGUUGAGUGGGCCCAGGAUCAGCUCGGUCUCCUUUCCGAUGAGGCCAAGUCUAGUGCCGUCAGUGCUCGCUCUGCUGCAUCCUCUAGUGCGUCUUCCUUGGCCUCGGUUGCUUCUAAGAGCUCCUCCAGCGCUUCAGUUCAAGCAUCCAAAUCAGCCGUGAAGCAAGGCAAGAAGGCUGCAGAUGGCGCCACAGAAGCUGCCACCUCUGCCAAGAACCGCGUCGGCGAGGCUGCUCAGAAGGCUACCGACUAUAUCAAGGAGGAGUUGUAA